CGCAGUUGCGCUUGUUUACUCGUCCAGUGUAAUGGGGAGAAGGAUGUUGGUUUUGAUUUUCGCUCUUUGGUGUGCAGCAACUCACGGAUAUCCGAGUAACGAGACUUGCACGGUGCUUUUAACUGGCGAAGAAAGUGUUUGUGUGCCAAUCGAAGCGUGCAUUACUGGCUAUGCAGACCUGAUGGGGGCCAGGUUGAAACCGAUCAUUUCGCUGCUCACAAAAGUUCACGAUUGCCGAUCUCCAAACAUGAUGUGCUGCCCUCGGGAGCGAGUUAAGGCGCUUGAGGCAAUCGGCAAACUGAGCGAAACCAUUCCUGACCAGGGCACCUGCGGCCGCGUUUCGCUCGUGGGCACAAAAUACGAAGUACCGAAAUUGGUGAAAGAUAAAGUGGCAAAUUACUUGGAGAUGUCUGUGGAAAACGGCGGCGACAUCGAAGACGAACGCGAGCAUUUUGACGAGGACGAAGAUCCGCUGCACAAACUCUUGGUGGGCAUCAACACGACCUCCUCCGAGGAGCGAGUCAUCAUUGAAAAAACAAACGAGCUCAAGGAUUACACGAACAAGACCAACUUUUACGGCGGCAUUGCUAUGGACGGACAGUUCAAUUUCGUGGCUCGUCUGCAAUACGGUUCAAUCUACCGACCUCACUCAAACCACGUUGACCGACUUUGCGGGGGUGCCUUGAUCCACCCCUCGUGGGUCCUGACCGCCUGCCAUUGUCUCAAAAGCAAUAAUGGAAAAUUAGUUUCUGUAAUGCUUGGUGGUUACGACGACGCUCACCCUCACACCCAAGUUAUCGGCGUUGAAAGAGGUUACGCUUAUCCCAAAUACAAUGGCAUUAAAAAUAAUUACCAGGAUGACAUCGGCCUAAUUAAACUGAAACAACCCGCGGACAUGAAAGACGGUACCGUGUCCACUAUUUGUCUACCGACGAUUUCCAGAGAGAAUCUUUUCCAAAAAUACGCUUUUGCUCUCGGCUGGGGCAUUGUUAAUAUAGAUGGUGCUGGGAAGAAUGGGCUUAAAUAUGCGCGACUUCCGCUUCUUCCGAAAGAUUUGUGCCGAAGUCCUUUGCCUAUAAACGAGCAGACGCAAAUUUGUGCUGGUGGUGAAUUGCAGGACACUUGCUACGGAGACAGUGGGUCUCCGCUUAUCGUGAGUUUAAAAUUCAAAUUAUAUUCAAGUAAAUUCACGCAUUUAAAAACUUCCAGUCCAUUUUGGAGGACGAAAGCGGGCAGUACAUUGCAUUUGUCAUCGGCGUUGUGUCGUACGGUCCGGACAAGUGCGGCACGAAGGGAUUUCCUGGCGUUUACACCAACGUCCAAAAUUACCUGCCCUGGAUUUACAAGCACAUUGAUGCUGAUGCGAAAAAGUCCUCAAAGUAAUGAUCUUCUUUUUUUUAUGAAACCGUGACAAAGAAAUAAAUUAUCGUGCUUUAAUUAGA